AUGAUCUUUCAAGGAAAAAAAUCCAUUGAAAGAAUUUUCAAAGUGCUGUCUUCAUUUGGAGAAAAGAAGAAGGCAGCGAGAGCCGGGCGCCACCGGCACAACAAAAAGAGCAAAGUGUGUGAUCCUCCUCGCCGGCUGCCUCCCUCUCUCCAGAGCUGCCUUCCUGAAUGGCUGGCUGCGUCCGGCCCUGGACCUGGCCCCCCGACACCAGCGCUCCCUGAUCACCGCCGGCAGCCUCACCCCGCGCCCCGCUCGGCUCACCGCGCUUCUCUCAAUCCCGAGCCCAGCGAGCGCUCCCGCCGGGACAGCAGCGGCGGCGCGGGCAGCCCUGACCCGGCGCCCGCUACCCCCGGCACGGCAGGGGACAAGGGCCAGGGCCCGCCCGGCUCUGGCCAGAGCCAGCAGCAUAUCGAGUGCGUGGUGUGCGGGGACAAGUCGAGCGGCAAGCACUACGGCCAAUUCACCUGCGAGGGCUGCAAAAGUUUCUUCAAGAGGAGCGUCCGCAGGAACUUAACUUACACAUGCCGUGCCAACAGGAACUGUCCCAUCGACCAGCACCACCGCAACCAGUGCCAAUACUGCCGCCUCAAGAAGUGCCUCAAAGUGGGCAUGAGGCGGGAAGCCGUUUACACAGGAAGAAUGCCUUCAACCCAACCCAAUCCAGGCCAGUACGCACUCACCAACGGGGACCCCCUCAACGGCCACUGUUACCUGUCCGGCUACAUCUCGCUGCUGCUGCGCGCGGAGCCCUACCCCACGUCGCGCUACGGCAGCCAAUGCAUGCAGCCCAACAACAUCAUGGGCAUCGAGAACAUCUGCGAGCUGGCCGCGCGCCUGCUCUUCAGCGCCGUCGAGUGGGCCCGCAACAUCCCCUUCUUCCCGGAUCUGCAGAUCACCGACCAGGUGUCCCUGCUACGCCUCACCUGGAGCGAGCUGUUCGUGCUCAACGCGGCCCAAUGCUCCAUGCCGCUGCACGUGGCGCCGCUGCUGGCCGCCGCCGGCCUGCACGCCUCGCCCAUGUCCGCCGACCGCGUCGUGGCCUUCAUGGACCACAUCCGCAUCUUCCAGGAGCAGGUGGAGAAGCUCAAGGCGCUGCACGUCGACUCGGCCGAGUACAGCUGCCUCAAAGCCAUCGUGCUGUUCACGUCAGAUGCCUGUGGCCUGUCGGAUGCCGCCCACAUCGAGAGCCUGCAGGAGAAGUCUCAGUGUGCACUGGAGGAGUAUGUGAGGAGCCAGUACCCUAACCAGCCCAGCCGCUUCGGCAAACUGCUACUGCGAUUGCCCUCUCUGCGCACCGUGUCCUCUUCAGUCAUCGAGCAGCUGUUCUUCGUCCGUUUGGUAGGUAAAACCCCCAUCGAAACUCUCAUCCGUGAUAUGUUACUGUCUGGGAGCAGCUUCAACUGGCCUUACAUGUCUAUCCAGUGCUCCUAGACCUUGGGCACUUCCCACCUGCCCCCACCUCCCUAGAGACUCAGAGGACCGGCAGGCCAUGGACUCCAAAGCCUGGGGGACACCGGGCAGCUGAUGCAGGGUGCAGCGGGCUGGGCAGGCUGGGCAGGGGGGAGGAGGGCCGGGUCAGCAGAAGCAGCCCACUCUGCAGAAAUGCAACCUGAGCUGCAAACCAGGAGAAAAAGAGACUCUUUUAGGAUCAGAUCUGUGAACACAUUGGAAAGGAAAGAAAAAAGACCUUGUGUCUGGUGAGAAAAAGAAAACAAUCUUUGGAAGAGAGGACCAUGAGAAUUUUAAUAAAACAGAAGGAGACUAAUGGACCUUCCAGGAUUUAUUGUGGACGGAUGUGGAUAUAUUCUGUACAGAAAACAACACAUGGAAGUGGACUGACUCCUAUGUAGAAAGACACACAUACACACACACGCACCCCAAACAUUGUUAUUCAUUUUGUAAGAUACUAGUCUUUAUUUUCAUUUUUUGUAAAAUUUAAACAUCGUAUGCACAUAAAAAAGGAAACAAGAAUUAGGGGAAAAUAACAUUUUCCAAAUAAUUAUAAAAAAUUGUCCUGUGUCUAUGUAUCUAUAUCUGUUUUGUAUUUUUUUCUGGUUCCAAACCAGAUUUCCUGUGAUUCUAUACUAAUAAUUUUUGAUAUAACCCUUUGCUUCUUAUAAUGAGUGCGAUAUAUGUUGUCAAGGCUGUUCUUCAAGAAUUAAAAUUGAAGUGAAAAUUUAAACAAAAAUAAAAGAAUUUAGCAAAACC